GCGGGGGGGGGCAUAUACAGGUGCAAUAACCGGGGGCCCGAAAAACGCGAUCGGCGGCGCGCCGUUAAACACUCCACGGCCCCCCCCUUCCCCCGCGCGUGAACUUCAGCGUGCGCACGCGUGUGUGCAUGUCUGUGUGUGUGUGUGUGUGUUCAUGUGUGCGCGUGCGGUCCGCCUCUGCUGUCACUCGCCGGUGGAGCGCCGCCGUGCCAGCGCCGGACCAGAAGGAGACCAUCGAAAGAACAGGGGAUUUGGAUUAAAUACUCAAAGAGCACGCGGCUGAGCCUUUCCUCUGGGGGGGGGAAACGGUUCUGUGUCUUUGCUGGACCGGGCGGGGGGGAGGAGGGACGGAGGGAGGAUGAGCUAUUCUUGCGCCAGUGGAGAGGCUGUGUGCGAUCGCCAGGACGCGUCCGAAAGCUCCUCCGCCAAGGCAGCGUGCGGCACGAUCGGCAGCGCGCGCAGCCCGGACCGCGGCGCCACGAGCCACAGCCCCCCCGGCAGCCCCGCCGAGACCACCACCCCCGAGCCGCCGGCAACCAUGAAGGUGAAGAAGGGCUGCAGCUCGUCCGAGGCGGGGGUGCCGGUCACCACGGAGGAGGAACUGCUGAGGAAAGCUGUCGUCACCCCCGAGGAUGUGCUGGGGCUGCAGAAGAUCACCAAGAAUUACCUGUGCGGCCCAGAAGAGAACGUCCACAACAUCGACUUCACGAGGUUUAAGAUCAGGGACAUGGAGACGGGCACGGUGCUGUUUGAAAUCACUAAACCCCCAUCUGCGGAGAGAGUGGGGGAGAAAAGGGACUUGGACCCCAAUGCGGGACGCUUUGUGCGAUACCAGUUCACCCCUGCCUUCCUGCGGCUGCGUCAGGUCGGAGCCACCGUGGAGUUUACGGUGGGCGACAAGCCCAUCAACAACUUCCGCAUGAUCGAGAGGCACUACUUCCGCGAGCAGCUCCUCAAAAGCUUCGACUUCGAGUUCGGCUUCUGCAUCCCCAGCAGCAAGAACACCUGCGAGCACAUCUACGAGUUCCCGCCCCUUUCGGAAGAGAUCAUGCAAGAGAUGAUCAAGCACCCGUACGACACGCAGUCGGACAGCUUCUACUUCGUGGACAACAAGUUGGUGAUGCACAACAAGGCGGACUACUCGUACAGCGGGGGUCCCUAGGGUCUGUGAAGGGUGGGGGUCGGGGGCAGGGGGUGGGCUACUGUGAAGGGACAGGCCGACCUCGUUGAGAAGGGGACGCUUGAGCAAACUGCACUGCAUAGGAUUUGUGUUGACGCCCACCGAGCCCUAUAUCGUGCAGGCCCCGGUGCCUCACCAUGCCCCCUUAACCAUCUUGCUCCACUCCACUGUCAUCAUCCUCCUCCCCCCAGCGACUCCAGCACACCUCAGCCAUACCACCUCUUUGGGUCAAUGACCUUGGAAGGGAUUGUGUUGCUUUAUCCUCUUCUCUGCUUCCAGUAUAGGACCCCCCCCCCCCACCCUACCCCACCCCCUCUCAUUUCGACCCCGUUGUUAAGGUGCAGCAGGAACCCUCCCUCUAGCACACCUCCUCAUGGUUCUCCAACCCAUCACACGCUGCAUGCUUAAUCACAGCUCUGCAACAUUCCAGGUGCCCUGGGGUCUGGCAGUAAUGAGGUUCCAAAGAUUAAAGCACCACAGAGAAUAGCACAUGUCCCCAAGGUAGACACAUGUCAAAAAAUUAAACUGAUAAACACAUAAAGAAUUACAUGGCUCUUGGAGCACGUUCGAGAACGGCUCGGUGCACCACACCGUUCGGUUAAUUGCUUUUUCUAGGCGCCGCUUGUCAACAGACGCCAACCACUGUGGUGUGUUACAGGUCAUGGGGUCACACCCUGGAUUUAAGAAGGCGAGCCACUGCGUACACAUGGGUGCUUUCACACAGCCGUAUAGGUUAUUACCACACUGGAUCACGGUUAUUGCGGUACAGAUAUUGUACGGUCUUCCCCCACCUUACGAAGGUAAUGUCUUAAUCAGGUAAAUUCUCAUAAGUCGAAGAUGUAAUUGCCAUGUGGUAAAAAAUUCUUUGCGUUCCAGAAUCGCCAUCCACUGUGGCAACUGGGGCAACUGGUAGCGUAGCAGUUAGAGCUGCUGCUUUCGAAUCCAAAGGUUGCAGGUUCGUGUAAAAUAUCACCAAAAUUCUCUUCAAGUAGACACGAUUACUUCAAUACUUAACUUUAGUUGCAUUAAUUACCCUCUAGUGCUGUAUUACCCUAAUUUGUCUACCUGCACUCGUUCAUCUCUUUCAUAUUUAUUAUGUACUGUAUUCAUGGGUUUUCUCUGGAUGCCCUUCGUGUGUGUGUGUGAGCUUGUGUGGGUGUUACAUUGCUGUAUAAAUGUGUGAAUGAUAAUAGGGAGUUCAGUGCAAUGCGUUUAGGACUAUAAGUGGCUAAAGGUAUGAGCUUAGUUCUAAUUAAUAUUCAUUGUACGUCACUUUGGAAAAAAAUAAAUGCAAGAAACGCCUUGUAGGUUGAAGAAGGGCUAUUAAAUGAAACUCCAAGUGUGUGCACGUGUUUGGAAGGGUAGUAACAAGGGACAUCUGGUAGUGUAGUAGUUAGAGCUACUCCCUGUGGGUCCAAUGGUUGCAGGUUUGAU